AUGCGCGGUCCGCUGGGGUUGUCCGCAAAGGCCUGGAAUGAAGUGAAAGCACCGGUGAAGAAGCGCAAGUCGUACAAAGACGAGAUCAAAGAGAGGGGCAUGAUUGACCUGGAAGAACAUGACGCCGAGGGCGAAGACGGCGAGCAGGGAUUUGCAAAGUCUGAAAAGGCAGCAGCAGCGCGACAGGUCAAUCUGAGCGCGAAGCUGAGCAAGGACGGCUCAGGCAAAGACGGGGGCACACCCGGCGGCUUCAAGGAGAUGUGGCGGCUGAUCAAGAUCGCGCGACCAGAGGCAGGGACGCUCUCGUGGGCGUUUUUGUUCCUCAUUUGCGGCUCGGCUAUCUCCAUGUCUAUCCCCUUUUCCAUUGGCAAGAUCCUCGAUGCGGCGACGCAGGCGGAGAAGAACGAUGGCUUGCUGUUUGGACUGGAUCAGACGACCUUCUACUUUGGAUUGGCUGGCUUCCUCAUUGCUGGCGCUUCUUUCAACUUUGGGCGCAUCAUCAUUCUCAGGAUUGUUGGUGAGCGCAUUGUGGCACGCCUCCGGUCUCAACUCUACCGCAAGACUUUCGUCCAGAAUGCCGAAUUCUUCGAUGCCAACCGCGUCGGUGACUUGAUCUCGCGUCUUGGUUCAGACACCAUCAUUGUCGGCAAGAGCAUCACGCAAAAUCUCUCUGAUGGUCUGCGUUCGCUGGUCAGUGGUGCAGCUGGUUUCGUCAUGAUGGGCUACGUCAGCAUCAAACUGACUGGAAUCCUCGCAUUAAUCGGCCCACCUGUAGCCAUUGUUGCUUUCUUCUCUGGCCGUGCGCUACGAAAUCUCAGUCGCAAGAUCCAGAAGAACCUCGGUACGUUGACCAAGAUUGCGGAAGAGCGUCUGGGCAAUGUAAGAACAAGUCAGGCAUUUGCCGGAGAAGUACAGGAGGCGGCACGCUACAAUCGACAGAUCAAGCGCAUAUUUUCGCUCGGGAAAAAGGAGGCUAUGGUGGCUGCCAGCUUCUACGGCAGCACUGGGUUAAUGGGCAAUCUGACCAUCAUCGCAAUCCUAUACGUCGGAGGUGGCAUGGUCAAGAACGGCGUUAUCUCCAUCGGUGAGCUGUCGUCAUUCUUAAUGUACACGGCCUACGCUGGGUCGAGCAUGGUGGGUCUCUCAGGAUUCUACGGCGAGAUGAUGAAGGGAGUCGGAGCCGCCAGUCGAUUGUUCGAGCUGCAAGAUCGCGAACCUACCAUUUCACCGACUAAAGGUCUGCCCGUUAAGUCUGCACGCGGGCCGAUCGAGUUCAAGAACGUCACCUUCAGCUAUCCUACUCGGCCGGCGGUGACAAUCUUCAAAGAUCUCAACUUCACGAUCAAAGAGGGCACAAACGUUGCCAUUGUGGCGCCCAGUGGAGCCGGCAAGUCUACUGUGGCUAGUCUGUUGCUACGUUUCUACGUGCCAACAGCAGGAACCAUCACGAUUAACGGACAAGAUAUCACAACCCUGAACGCGAAGCAACUCCGUCGGAAGAUUGGAUUCGUCGGCCAAGAACCUGUGCUAUUCUCAGGAACUAUUGCAGAGAACAUCGCAUACGGUGUGCCGCAAGCCACCCGCGCUGAGAUUGUAGCCGCCGCACGCAAGGCCAACUGUCAAUUCAUCAGCGAUUUCCCCGACGGUCUCGAAACCCACGUCGGCGCCCGCGGCACCCAACUCUCUGGCGGCCAAAAACAGCGCAUCGCCAUCGCGCGCGCCUUAAUCAAAAUGCCCGAUAUCCUCAUCCUCGACGAAGCAACCAGCGCGCUCGAUGCCGAAUCGGAAACGCUUGUUAACCAAGCGCUCAGCAAGUUACUUCUGGACAACAACACGACGAUCAGCAUUGCGCAUCGUCUUUCCACCAUCAAGCGCUCCGAUCGUAUUAUUUGCAUUAAUUCCCAGGGACAGGUUGCCGAGGAGGGCACGUAUGAGGAGUUGACCAAUAAUCCCGAUGGCGCGUUUAAUAAACUCAUGGAGUGGCAGAUGAAUGGGGGGGAGACGGAUGUUAAGCCUCCAAGGCCGACUGAGGAGGAGGAGAUUGAGCGCGAGCUUCAAGGGGAGACGAGGGAGGAGUGCAGCAUUUGGAGUGUUUGUGUUGGAAAGACGAAGCAACUCCGGGAUUUGGAGAAUGACAUGUGCUUCGUUUGGUCGAUGACAGGUUGGCCAGCCGGACUGCGACGACGAGGUACUGGCAGCAUCCUCAACGAUGCACACGCCAGUACAGAUGGAGAGAACACUGCCGCCGGCAACCGCAAGGACGCGCCGCCUUCGCACGACAUGGUGCAUUUCUCAAAUUUACUGAGCGAGAAGCGCAGUUUCGGCGAUUUCAGGACGGUCCUGCACACGGGGUUGUUCAGCCAGCUCGUGGCGAUGGAAGUGCCCGUGGGCGGGGACAUUGGGGACGAGGUCCAUCUCGUCGACCAAAUCCUGCUCUUCACAUCUGGCCGCGGUCUGGCGACGGUCAAUGGUAAGGAUCAGGAGGUUAAGAAGGGCGAUGUUGUCGUUGUGCCCGCGGGCACGCAGCAUCAGUUUGUUAACAAGGGGGAUGAGCCGUUGGAGUUGAUUACUGUGUAUGCGCCCGCCGAGCAUCUACCAGACAGUGUGCAUAAGACUAAGGAAGAGGGGGAUAAGGCGGAGGAUGAUGGGAUUGACGAGGCGCCCGAGUGGAGUCAGAAGAGUAAGAAGGAGAAUGAGGAUAAGGGGCUGAUUAACGAGAGUGGGAAGUAUUGA